AUGGCUUCUAUGCGGAUAACUGCUCGCAGAGGCCGAUGGCAAGCACUGUUUGUCAUUCUUUGUCUUUUCAAGCUGAGCUCAGUGACUGGACAGGCUCGGUAUUCCGUACCGGAGGAGCAGGCAGAAGGCUCUUUUGUAGGAAACAUUGCUAGAGAUUUAGGUUUGGAUGUGGCGAGGCUCAUAUCAGGCAAAGCUCGUAUUAUUACAAAGGGCAGCCGACAGUACGUUGAUUUAAACCGAGACAAAGGCACUCUUGUUAUUAAAGAGCGAAUCGACCGAGAAGAACUGUGUGGAAAGACGACGCCCUGUAGCUUUAGUUUCGAGGUCAUUUUAGAGAAUCCAAUCCAGCUUUAUCGGGUGACGGUGGAGGUAACAGACAUAAACGAUAACAGUCCGUCGUUCCCAAAGGAUGAAAUCAAUUUGAAAAUUGUUGAAAGUGUUGCAUUAGGGACUCGUUUCACUUUGGUGAGUGCUGAUGACCCUGAUGUUGGUGUUAAUGAUAUUCAAAAAUACACUCUUAAACCGUCAGACAAUUUCAAAUUGGAGGUACAGAGCCAGCCUAAUGGAGGAACAUUUAUCGAAAUGGUUUUACAAAACCCGUUAGACCGAGAAAAAGUGGAGACUCACACACUCGUGCUGAUUGCUUCAGAUGGAGGUGAGCCGCAUAGAUCAGGGACAGUGCGUAUUCAUAUCACUGUGCUGGAUGCUAACGAUAACGCGCCAGUUUGUAGCCAGCCUGUUUAUAAAGCAGAUGUGAAGGAGAAUUCUCCUGAAGGAACUGUGGUAACCACUGUUAGUGCAAAUGACCCAGAUAAAGGAGUUAAUGGAGAG